AUGAUUGUUCAAGAGCCAUUGCAGGUUAUUGUAUGGGAUUGCCUCAAUAAUUAUGAAUACGACAAUGCUAUAUUCUUGGCAGAAAGAUUACAUGCUGAAUUUAAUUCAGAGGAGACUGCAUUUUUACUUGGUACCUGUUACUAUAGAGCUGGAAGAAUAAACGAAACACAUAAUUUGCUUCAAAAUAUUUCAUUAUCACUUCCACAAGCUCGGUUCCUUUUAGCCAAAUGUUCUGUAGAUCUUAAAUUUUAUAAAGAUGCUGAAAAUGCACUUGGGACAAAUAUGGAUGUUGUUGUUUCGGAAUUUGGAGAACAAGCACCAUAUGCAUUACAACUUCUUGCAAAAAUCUACACUAUCACAGAAAGGAAAACUAAGGCUGCAGAGGCCUAUCGAAAAGCUCUAUCUUUGAACCCAUUUAUGUGGAAAUCCUUUUCUCAGCUAUGUAAUAUGGGUGAAAAAGUUGAACCAAGCCAAGUAUUCCAUUCAAGCUCCGAAUUCUCAUUUGGUAUUUCAACACUUGUGAAUCUAGUCAAUAAUUCAGAAAAUAUUUCAAUUUCUUCACCAUUCAUUCCUAACAACAAUAGUAUUAAUAAUACUGUUACACCUAAUAAUAUGGUGACUCGAACAUCUAUGCCCAUGUCUACUAGUAUAACUCCAGAUUCACAGGUCUCUGUUAAAAGAAUGCACAGUGUUUUCAGUGGAAUUGCACCCAUUCCGUUUUCACCAUCAUUUGGUAUGCUUCCUAUGGAUGAAUCUCCAGCUAUGUAUACACCUACACUUACAGAUUCUAAUGAACAGAAAGCUAUUCCAAAAAUUGUCAAUUCAUUGAGGGCUCAUGUUGGACAGUUGAAAGAUGCUGUCUUCAGUCCCAGUGGUCCAAGGUGUACUUUAGGACCUGCGCCUCGGAGGUCAUCAAGGCUAUUUUGCACAAAUAACAGCAGUUACUCUGUAAAAGAAAAUAAUAAGUCACCUAGCCGUAAAUUUGUUGCACCAAAAAGUCCUUCUAGAAAAAAUAAACAGCGUUCAGUCAAGAAUGUUAAAUCAAAUACAGAAACCAAUGAACGAAUUAAGAAUGUUGAAGCAACCACUCCAACAAUGACACCAAAGAAUUCUAAUGUGGUGGGACUGCUUAACUUGUUAAAAGAUCUGGGUGAGGCUUACAAAUCAUUGGCGUUUCUGGAUUGUAAAAUUGCUAUAAAACAAUUUAAAAAUAUAUCAGCAAAACAAAUUACGUCUCCGUGGGUGCAAACAAUGAUUGCCAGAGCUCAUUAUGAGUUAGCUCAGUAUGAACCUGCUGUUAAAGUUUUUUCUGAAAUAAGAAAGCAAUAUCCUUGUCGAACAGAGGGCAUGGAUAUAUACAGUACCUGCUUAUGGCAUUUACAAAGAGAGGCUCAAUUAUCUGCAUUAGCUCAGGAACUAGUCGAGUUAGAUAGAAAUAAUGCAAUUUCUUGGUUGGCUGCUGGUAAUUGCUUCUCAUUACAUAAAGAGAGGGAAACUGCUCUUAAAUUUUUCAAAAGAGCUGUGCAAAUAAAUCCUGAUGCUUCAUAUGCUCAUGCCCUUUUAGGCCAUGAAUACUCUGUUGCGGAAGAAACAGACAAGGCAUUAUCAAGUUUCAGAACAGCUGUGAGUAUUGACCCACGUAACUAUGUUGCAUGGUAUGGCAUUGCUACAGUUUAUGCAAAGCAAGAGAGAUGGAAGUCAUCUGAAAUGCAAAUUCGUCGAGCGUUAAGUAUUCAUCCCUAUUCAGGUGUAUUGCGUUGUCAGUUGGGGCUAGCUCAAGCUGCGUUAGGAAAAAUGGAUAGAGCCCUUGCUACCCUCGAAAGGGCUGUUGCUUUUGACACAGACAAUCCACUGUGUAGAUUUCAUAGAGCUUCUGUGUUAUUAAGGGCAGGAAGACCACAAGAUGCCCUACCUGAUCUUCAUCACUUAAAAGACAUGGUGCCUAAAGAGUCUUCAGUAUAUUACCUCCUUGGGAAAGUUCAUGAUAAAUUGGGUAACUCACAUUUAGCUUUAAUGCACUUCUGUUGGGCUACAAAUUUAGACCCUAAAGGCAUGAGUGGACACGUCAAAGAAUCAUUUGACCCAUCAAAACCAGAAGAAAGUUCAGAAAGACCAUAA